CUUGAAUGUAAACGCCUCCGUUUCUUCUUCUCCUCUCCUCCAGGCUGCACCUCCUUCUCCUCCGCCGACCACUUCCUGUCAGUCACCGUCCCAGUGGGCGACCGGGCCGUUCUCCCCUGCAGCUGGAGGGCGGUCCUCGAGGAUCUGGACUCGUCUUCCUGCCACAUCCAGUGGAGGACUAUCGCCGCAGAGAUCGUCUUUGAACAGUGGGGGGCGCUAAAGUGGCAGGCUGAUGAGUACCAGAACAGAGUAAACGUUCCAGAGGACAACCUGGGCUCCGGCGACUGUUCGCUCCUCAUCACUGAUGUCCAACACGGGGACACGGGGAAGUACGAGAGCUUCAUGAUGGUUGAGGAGGACCAGAUCAAGAGCAGGACCAGGACCAGGACCUGGCGCAAGAAGGUCUUUCUGCAGGCGGUCAGUCUGCUGGUCACUGACUACAGAUCCUCCGAGACCCGGCCUCCGGGGAAAGACCUGGUCCUGGAUCUGAGGACUCCACGCUCGGACAGAGUGGCCUUCCAGGGCAGGAACAGCUCAGAGUGGUCUGUCCUCUGGGUGAGGGGAGACCACGACACUCAGCGUCUGGAAAAACACCCUCAUCAGGAGCAGCUGACCAUAAAGAACCUGCGGCACGCAGACCAGGGAACGUACCAGGUCCUGGACCAACACGGACAGACUGUGAGCAGCGUCGACCUGACUGUGGACGGUGAGAGGAGGGUCUGGGGGUCAGGGGGUCAGGGGGUCUGGAG